CCGCCGUUCCAAGUUUCAAACCACUUUAGUCAUGACGCUUGCCACACAAAAAUCAGCUGUUUGUUUAGUUUGUAAUUAAUAAUUGUUUUUAAAAUGCGCUGUGCUGUGAGUAAUUGCGGAAAUAAUAAUCGCAAUUCCAAUAGAAGAAAAUGGCGAUACUUUCACUUCCCAAAAGAAGAGCUGCACCUCCAAAAAUGGAUUGAUUUCUGCCAGCGCGAUAGCAUUAACCCAGCUACAGCCUGCAUUUGCAAUGAGCACUUUGCACCCGAGGACUUUGAGCGGAAUAUGCAGUUCGAACUUGGCUUUACUCAAAAAAAUCCAACAAAACUUAAACCCGGCUCAUUUCCAAGUGUUAAGGGGCCCCAAAAGUUGGGCAAAGAAAAGCGUGGAAAAAACAAAAAGGAUUACAGAAAUAAAUCUGCAAAGAUCGCCAACAGCGCCAAAUUCUUCCAGGAAGAACCACAGUCUCUAGAUGCCCCAGAAACCAUAGAAAUCCAACUAUGCGACUUUACCACAGAUCUUGAGGACUUGGAGGAAAAUUCAUCCAGCGUUUACAAUGAAGUUGUGGACCUGAUCAGUGAAAAUAGUAGUACAUCCUCCCAACAAUCUAAAGAAGACAAUCUUCAAGAUCAGAGGCAUUUAGAAGUAGAAAUUCUGGAUCCCAUGAACCCGCAGGCGAAUGACAAGGACCAUGUGGAGAUCAUCGAUUCGGAAGGCGAUAAUUACGUGAAGCACUUGGAACUUGAAGUGUGUUCCCUAAAACGCGAGGUGUUUUUCCUCAAAGACGAACGCAAAAAGCUAAUGGAUGAAAUUCAAAACCUUAAGGCCACUAUUCAAAAAUCAGAAGUCGAAAAAAAUGCAGGAAAGCAACUGGAACUUCAUGUUAAAAAAAGCAAGAGGAAUCCCCAGGACGUUGUCCUAUUUACAGAUUAAACGGAAUACGACAAGAAACAAAUGCCUGCUCUAAGAUGAAAUGACAAAACUGGAAAUCUCUAAUUAAAAACUCGACUGACUAGAUAUUACAAUUUGAAUUCCCACAGUUUUUCUGUUGAUACUUCACCUUUUUACAUAAUCAUAUUGAUAUUAUAAGAACUACAUAAAAAGUUAAAUAUAAAAACUAAAGAUAAUUUAAUUGAA